AUGGCGUCUCAAUCUUUGACCUCCAGCACUCCCCAGGAUCGGAUGGAUGCUGAGAAGGCUAUCAAGCGCAACCCUCAUCCAGAUUUCAAAAAGGUUGAAGCGAGCCGACAGCCUUGGGACAAGAGCCUAUCAUUCAACGUCAAGCAAACCGUCAACCCGGAUUGGAAAUAUGGAGACGGGGCAAACGACGGUGGCGAGAGCCUUAAGGUCCCUCACGUCGAGAUAGAUCCUUACGAGGAAGGGCGACCCGCUGUGUGGAAUUACAAACUUUUGAUUUCUGCGAUCGUCCCUCGACCUAUUGGUUUCGUGAGCACGAGGUCAACCGAUGGCUCCAGUACCAAUUUGGCACCAUUCAGCUAUUUCCAAAUGAUCAACCACGAUCCGCCUUUAUUUAUCCUCGGAUUUGCUGGAGGGUUAGAUAAUGCGAAGGACACCAUGAAGAAUUUGAUUGAAACAGGAGAGUGUGUCAUUAAUAUCAUCUCUGAGCACUUCAUUGAAGCUGCUAAUGCGACGUCAAUCAACACCCCUUACGGAGAGAGUGAGUGGAGCCUGAGUGGGCUUACACCUGCGCCUAGUUCUACGGUCAAGGCUACCCGGGUCAAGGAGGCAAUCUUCUCCGUUGAAGGAAAAUUAGAGAGCACCAGAGAGUUCGAGAGCAAAGCAACACCCGGGAAAAAGACUGGGGUUCUGGCCAUCAUUGAGGGAACGAGAUUCUGGGUUAGAGAGGAUGCUAUCAAUGAGCAGAAGAACCUCAUUGAUCCAAAUGUCCUGAGACCCAUCAGUAGGCUUGGAGGUAUCACCUAUGGACGCCUUACUGAGAGUGUAGAAAUCCCACGCCCGGAUUACAACGAUACAGUGGUCAAGAAUGAAGAGGCCAGAAAGCUCGUAAAGGCGAAGGUGGAGGGACAGUAA